UUAUUGGUCCUAUGUUAGAAAAUGAAUCUUUUACAGUCCUUAAUAUAAGACCAUCUUUUGAUGAUAAUCAAAUAGUUUGGGAUAGAUUGAUUCUGAAUGAACAUUUGAAAAGAUCAGGUUUUGAUUCAGAUUGGAAAGAAUUAAAUCCUUCUGAGUGCAUCAUCACUGACUCAUUGCCUUAUGCACCUUAUGGUUAUGGCAUCGGUGAAAAUGAUAAGUUUUUAUUAACUGAUUUAAAUGAUUCGGAUCUCAAAUAUUAUCUAGGGAUAGAACCAUGGGCUAUUCAUCCGGCGGAAAGAAUACUUGAUACUUAUGUUAAACCGCGGCUUCAAUUUCCAAGAUAUGUUAUCUAUCUUGAAACAGAAAGAAAAGUAAGACUUCUUAUAGGAAACAAUACUAUACAAGUUUGGCGUGGCAAAAAACUUGAAUUCAUUCGUAUUGUCAAUGAAGAGUCAGAUGCACCAGAAGAGCCUUAUGAAAAAUUCAAAGUUAACAAAAUUAGAUAUGAAAAUGCAUCGGCUAACGACUCCGAAAAAUCUAAAUUAAAAAAUACUAUUUCGAAAUACUCUUCAAAAACUCUUAAAAAAAAUGAAAAAGAACGUCCUCUCCACUCGUGGCAAGUUCCAUUAAAAGAUAUUUUACCUGACAUAG